GGGGGAGGGAGAUCAGAAGUCUUGAAAGAAAAGAGGGCUUGGAUUCUAGGCAGCUGGUGUGGACGUGGGGAGGGCCGUGCAGCCCAGACAUGAAGGCUGGCCAAUACAAAGACUGGGAGCUGGAACUAAGAAGUCAGUCUGGUUGGAGGACAGAUUGCAGGUAGGGACAGGGAGUGUACUGACUGGCCAGAUUAGUCCUACCCUGGAGGUUCUCAGCCAGUCUGUGCUUCCCUGCACCUAAUGGAGAGAAGCAGGGACCCCCAGCCUGAGAUAAUGAGCCUCGAUCUCCCUACCUCCCCGACGAGAUCCUGUGAGAAAAGUGCUGGAAACAUUCCUAAUGACAACACUGCUGAUGACUGACCUGUGGCCGGGGUGCUGCUCCCUAAACAAGGCAGGGGACCCCGGGACCACCCUUGGCCUGGCCUCCAUCAGCAUCUCUUCAGGGAUGGGGCUUGCCCAAAGUUGCCCAAGCAGGGACAGUCAGGAUUUUUGCACCAAGGUCUCUCGGUUCCCGGUCCAUAGGCACAAAAGGGACCACCAAGGUCAUCCAAUCCCACCCUGCCCCAUGUUUUGCAGACAAUGGAGCUGUGAUGAGGAAAAGGAAGGGAUUUGUCCUAGGUCAAACCUGCUCUAGAGUGGGAUUUGGAGCUCCGCUCUGGUUCCGGUCCUGAUUCUUUCUCCCCUGCCCCGAUGUCUUAGUGAGGAGACAGGGACGGAGUCAGAGAGGGGGAAACGCGGUCACUCCACGGGCCUCUUCCUCCCUGAAAGGUCUCUGGUUCCCUCGGCCAGAGCAGAAAAAGUUCCCAAAGGGGAGCUCUCAGCAGGCUGCGGAGCUGCCUACAGGGCAUCCAAAGGGUCGGCUGUUGGGCAGACAGACCCCAGGGGCAUAGGGCAGCCAGGGCACGCAGGCCAAAGAUCCAAACAGUGAAGAGAGAACCAGGCUUGAAGGCGCCAUCCUUCCAAUGCAGAUGGAAGUCCUUGGAGCUGAGCAAGAGCCUCCCUCACCUGAGCCGCGCCGCGAGGCGAGGGGGAAGUGAAGGAUGCUGAGAUGGAACUGGCCUGAAGAGGUAACAGGACCCACUGAUGUUCUGCCUGCCCGGGUGAAGGAGUGAGGGUCAGAGAUAACGCCCAGGUCUCCGAUGCCCCAAACCAGCUGGUUGGAGGUCCCAUAGACGGAGGGAGAAGGGACAGCCAGAACCCAAAGCCAGGAUGGGGUUGGUUUGAGCCCCAGACUCCUUAGCUGCCAGGUGAAGGUAGUAAGUUUUGCCCUGUGUGUUGACCAGAGGCCUUCUAACUACUUGGAGCCAGGAACAGGGGGUGGCAUGGGACCAGGAUCUCUGGGGCCCGAGUUUGGGGGGGGGCCUGGGAACUCCUGCAUCUUCUCUAUUCUAAGGCUGCUGAAAGAGCACUGAGCCCUCAUGCCAAGGGCUGUGAAUGUCCAGGAACUGGGCAGCCUCGCCCUGGCACUAGAAGGGAGGGUGGUCCAGGCAGCUUCAGGAGGCUCUAGUUGGGCUGGGGCACAGUGACAAGAGAACAGGGCUGAGGGACAAGGCAUGUGGUGUUCUAGUCCUGUGCCACUGAUAAUCAGAUAAAUAACAAGCCCUCCUCCAGCCCUGGCCUUCCCUGUUCUAAGCCCCCUCCUAGCUUUGUUUUCCCCCGUUCUAAAACCUCUCCCACCCUGACAAUCCAUGCUCUAAGCUCCUUUGGAUUUCACCUGACCCGAUUGGAGUCUGACCUCCCCACAGAUCUGGUUUCUGCUCAGCUGUUUUAGCUUUGUGGACCUUCAGAAACGGGCAGGCCGAGUCCAUGCCCACGACCACGCAGCCAGUAGUGAGAAGGGGCUGGUGGCCAUUGCUCCCCUGGUUGGGAUGUGAGACCCCCUGGUUGGGCCCUGUGGUGGGGAAGCUGGCGCUCCUGGGUAUUGCAGGAGGCGGGCACUGAGGCCUCCAGAAGGGUGGCCCGGUGCGUGAUGGUCAGAGCUGGGAUUUGGCCUCUGGGCCCUGAGCUCCAGUCAGCUGACCUUUGUCCACUAAAUGGGCUGGGAAGCUGGACUUGCCCUCCGCCUGCCUGGAGCUUACAAGUCCAGCCUCAUUUCCUGAUUUCGGCCCUCCCCCGCUCUGUCCAGCUGAGCCGGGACCUGGCAAGGGCCCGGGGAAACGACUUUCUUCCCCAGUGAUCACUGCUGACUCCGGAUGAAGGGGGGCAUGUGACCAGCUCCCGGCCAAGGCCCGUCUCCGGGCACCUGAUCAAUCCCUGGCUGUUCCCUGAACCUAAGAGGCCUAUGAGCUGAAUCAAACCAUGAACAGCGUCUUGGGCUCGAGCCCCGGGGCAGCCUGGGAGAGCAGGUUGAAGUUCAUGAGUUCACCCAGCCUCAGUGAUCUGGGCAAGAGAGAGCAGGCAGCCUUGGAUGAGCGAGGAGCCCAGCAGCGCCAGGCCUGCUCCAACGCCACCUGGAACAGCAUCCACAAUGGAGUGAUUGCUGUGUUCCAGAAGAAGGGCCUUCCGGAGCACCAGCUGUUCCACCUGAACGAAGGAGUCAGGCAGCUGCUGAAAACUGAGCUGGGCUCUUUCUUCACGGAAUAUCUCCAGAACCAGCUGCUAACCAAAGGCAUGGUGAUCCUGAGGGACAAGAUUCGUUUCUAUGAAGGACAGAAGCUUCUAGAUUCUUUGGCCGAAACCUGGGAUUUCUUUUUCGGGGAUGUCUUGCCCACACUCCAAGCCAUUUUCUACCCUGUUCAGGGUAAGGAGCCCUCCGUCCGUCAGCUGGCCCUCCUGCACUUUCGGAACAUUAUCACGCUCAACAUUAAGCUGGAAGAUGCCCUCUCAAGAUCUCGUGCCAGGAUCCCCCCCUCCAUUGUCCAAAUGCUGCUGGUCCUCCAGGGUGUCCAUGAAUCCAAAGGCAUCACAGAAGACUAUUUGAAGCUCGAGGCUCUGAUCCAGAAGGUGGUCUCCCCUUACCUGGGUACCUAUGGCCUCUAUUCCAAUGACGGACCCUUCACACACUCCUCCUGCAUCUUGGAAAAGCGCUUUUCCCGGCGCCCCAAGGCAGGCGACACCCUGGCCAAGAACCCGGUGGUCCGCUCCAAGAGCUACAACACGCCGCUGCUCACGCCGGUGGCCGAGUACGAGGCCGAGGGGCUGGCGGCCGGCGGCGCCGGCGUCCGCAGACACUCCGUCUCCGAGAUGACGUCGUGCCCCGAGGCGCAGGACUUCGCGGCCCUCGGCGCCGCCCUUGACCUCGGCUCCCAGGGCUCGUCCCUGGCGGCCGAGGCCGAGCGCUCCGGGGCCCAGACCCGCCCCGGGGGCCCGUGCCGGCAGCACCUUGAGCCCAGCCCGCCCUUCCGCCUGGCCCGGGCCGGAGGCUCGGCCCCGUCCUCCAGCCCCGAGAACCUCGUAGACCAGAUCCUGGAAUCCAUGGAUUCCGACUCGGAAGGGAUCUUCAUAAACUUUGACCGAGGACGCUCGAAGGCCGCGGGCUACGACAUGGACGGGGGCAGACAGAGCGUUGUGUGACGCCUCCCAGCGGGAGGACAGCCCGGCUAGGGGCUUGGGCAGAACGUGUGUCACAGGCGGCCGGGACGCGGAGGGCAGCCUGCGCGGGGAGGAAGGCCCGGGCAGAACGCCCUUCCUCCGUGAGCCUCGGCCUCCUGCUAAAUAGGGGGGGAAAUCCUGCCCUGCUGACCUCCGGGGCCGACCUGAGGAUCCCAGGAAAUAAUAAUAUGUGCCUAGGCACUUUGGAACUCUAAUGCACUGUGUGUGUGUGUGUGUGUGUGUGUGUGUGUGUGUGUGUAAGAGAGAGAAUGAAUGAGAGAAAGAGAAUGAGAAUAUGAGAGGAUACAAGACAUUGGAUGUAUUUUUUCACUCCCUGGUUUUAUCAAUCCCCUCCCAUCAGGUUUUUUGCCACCUGGACAGGGCUUCUCCAGGGGAGGGGCUUCCCCAGAGGAUUGAUCUCAGCGCUCCUUCCCAUUUCUCCCUGGGACUCUUCAACCUCGGGAGCCUUUUUUUUUUUUUUUUUUUUUUUUUCAUUCUUUAUCAACUGGUCACCAAGUGUUUUCCCUGAGCCUGGCACUGGGCGAGGCAUUAGAGAUACAGAUGAAUAAUCCAGCAGUUCUUGUCUCGAUGGAGCUCACUUUCUGCAAAGGAAUAUAACAGAGCUGUAGACAAGUAAUAAGCUGUCGAGGAAACACAAAGGGGUUUUCCACCAGAAGGACACUAGGAUUGAGUUUCUUGAGGCUCAACCACUGGGCACUGGGUCGGUGAGCAGCCUUGUUCUCAGUCCAGGCUCACCCAGAUCCUCCCAGGCAAUAGGAAUAUCCCGAGGCUGACCAGCAUACGUGGGUCACCCAAACACACACACACCUCCCUCAGUCCCCUUUCAGGGUCGGCAUUCCAGGAGAGACUUCCAGGGAAAGUUGAGAGGGAAGCCUCUCAACAGGGCAGCCAAACCCUUUUGGUCAAGGUCACUCCUCUAAAAGUGCCCCAAAGCUCCAUGGGUAUCACCAGUCUCACCAGGGACAGUAACAUUCAAGCUUCCCCACCCCUCAAUCCCCACCAAACAAGUGCCCUCCAUGAGUCGGGGCUGCUGUCUCCUCCUGAUCCUAUCCAUAACCUGACCGUGAUGCUGGCAGCCUGGACCCCCCACUCCACCCCCAGCAGUGAUGGCUCCGACCAAGAACGGUCUCUGUUGCUGAAUCUGUGACUGGAAACGGCUAAAGAAAGGUGCUACUCUGGAGCGGGUCUCCCCUUCUCCUCUCCCCAGCUCAGGCUGCCUCUUCCCAGGCUCCCUAGGCACAAAAUGGCAAAGAGGAAGAAACGUCCCCAGAGUAGCCUCAUUUAUUGAGCAGGCCUGGGUCUGGCUGCAAACAGCGCAUGGGUUUAGGCACAGAAGGAGUUUCCCUGCCCCUCUCCCAUCCCUAUCCAGGACUAAGGUAGUUUCCAAAAUGAGGAGGCUGGGAACCAGAGCCUUGCCUUCCCGCCUGCCUUCUGCACUCUUGGGCUGUGGUUCCCAAUUUUCCCCUCAUUGGUCCAAAUCCCACAGUCUUGGAUACUUAAAUUAAAAUCCAUAAAUAUAAAAUGA